AUGAAUCGCUUCAGCAGAGUUUCAUCUUCGGCUAAAUCUUCCCGGAGUGUGGAGAAAAUUCACAAUGAGAAGAAGAAAAGUGCUCGAAGAAAUGCACAAACGGCUCUUCCUCGCAAAAGACACAGAACCUGCCUGAUGAGGCAGAGAAGCAGUGCUGAUGAUGACUUUGAGGAGAGCAUUUGGCAUUUGGUCAGAGAGGAUGUCAGUGAGGAAUUUCGUGAAUUUCCUCCUUCACAGGAAGAUAAACCACAAAACAAGACAAUUUCUCAGCAGGAGCGCAAGAAAUUGGCCGAAGAGUGUGAAAAGAGGAAGCAGCGAUUGCAGGAAAUAGACAAGAUACGAGCCAGUAAGAAGAUUCCAGAGAAAUCCCUGCUGGAUGUGAACGAGGAUGAUCAAGUUGUGCUUCUGGACCGCGCCUUCGUGGCGAAGCAGGAGCAAGAGGAGGAGGUGAAGAGAGCUAACAGAUUGAUCCUCGCCACCAAAUGCCAUGUAAUUCGUGAUGCUCAGAUCGCCGAGAAGAACGAGAUCGACAGGGAAUUGCGCCAGGAGGAUGUGCGCCUGGAGAGGAUAAUGCUGGAGGACAGAGAGAAGGCCCUCAAAGAGGCAGAAGUGCGCAUCCAGAAGGAGAAAGUCCUGAACGUUCUGCACGCCUCGGAGUUGCAAAAGCAACUCGAGGAGCGCGAGAAGAAGCGCCACAGAGAAGCGGAGAGGAUUGAGAAUGAAGCACAGAGAAUGGCCAGAGCUCAAGUGGUGCUCCAGAGGGAUUUGGAGGAGCGCGAGCAGUUGCAGCGGGAGAAGAAUCAGAAGCUCAGGGAUGAUCUUCAUCGCGCCAAUGAGUUGUCUGAGUGGUUCCGACGCAUGGAGUUCGAGAGGGAGCGGAUUGAGGAGAUGAGGAUCCAAGAGUACAUGCGGAAGAGACAGCAGAGGGAGGAAAAACUCGAGCAGGAGCGCCAGCUUGCCAGGGAGAGGCGCGAGAGAGAGAACGAUCGGAUGCUGAAGCAGCAACAGAAAGUGAUUGACGCGGCCAUCGAGCGAUUCGACAUCAUGAUUCGCCGGGAGCAGGAGCUCAAGGAGCGAGAGUUUCGCCAGCGAGAGAAGGAGGCUGUCAUCAGGCGGAAGGAAGCCGAGCAGGCGAUCAUGGAGGCGCGACACAAGCAACAGGAGGAAGUGCGAAAGCUGCGGAUGAAGGAAAUCGAGAAAGAUCGCGCAGAUCACGCCAGAGUUCUGCAGAAGCUGCGAUCGGAGGAGGAGAAGGAAAAGUCCCUGGAGAAGCUUCGGCACGCCGGGAGGGAGAAGUACAGGAAGGAGAUAAUUGAUCAGAUGAAGGAGAGAGAAAUUUUCAGGCAGAAAAUGCGAGUAAAGGCUCGAGAUGAGUUGAAUGCCGUGAGAGAAGCUGAGAAAUUGAGGGAAAUGAAUAUUCGGCAGGUGAUUUCGUCGAAAAUUCAGCAAAUGCGCUCCAGUAAAAUCCCAGAAAAAUUCAUCCAUGAUGUGGAAAGACAGCUGAAGAUCGACAAUAGCUAA